AUGAAUAGGUUCCGGAAAUUGCUGAUACAAGAGGAAGAAGAUGUCAUUACAAGAAAUCGUCAAAGAGCCCUGGUGAUGCAGGCAACUUCCUCUCAUAUCUUGAGGAUCCAAGAGGAAGAAUCACAGUGGGGUGGUUCACAACCCGGGUGCCAGUACAUCGCAAGAGAUCGAGAAGCUAUGGAUCGACGACUGAAAGCUCUAUACUUCACUUCGCCGUGCAGGUUUCAGGGCGAUGUAUUUCGCAGAAGGUACAGAAUGCGACCUCAUGUGUUUGACCAAAUGAUGAAUGAUGUCGCCAACCACGAUCCGUACUUUGUGCAAACUGAUGAUGCGUCCGGCAGAGUUGGUUUGUCUACCGAACAAAAGCUGACUUGUGCUAUGAGGAUGCUUACUUACUGGCUUCCGGCUGACCUGUGUGAUGAGUUUCUAGACGUAGCUGAAUCUACAGCUUUGGAGAUCUUGAAACACUUUACUAGAGCAAUCUGGAAUGUGUACCACAAGCAUUACCUUCGUCGACCAACUACGGCAGAUUUGCAGCGGUUGCUCGAUGUUGCCGACAAAAAGGGGUUCUCCGGAAUGGUGGGAAGUCUCGACUGUGAGGCUCCUCGAGUUUCGUACCAUGUAGGUGAUAGAGAAUAUGGCCAAUGCUACUACCUAGUCAAUGGGAUCUACCCUAAAUGGGGAUCUUUUGUGAAAGCAAUUAGAAAUCCAAUUAUACCAGAGCAAGCUCAUUUUACAAAGAUGCAGGAGUCAUACAGAAAAGACGUGGAGAGGGCAUUUGGAAUUCUCCAAGCUUGUUUUGCAAUAGUAAGAGGACCCGCUAGUGGAUGGGAUAGAGAGGAUCUCCAAUACAUCAUGAUGACCUGCAUUAUUUUGCACAACAUGAUUGUCAAUGAUGAGCAUGAAGAAGAUGAAGAGUCGCCUAUUGACCCCGAUGAUAUCCCCACCAGACCAAGGAAAGCAGAAAUAUAUGAGAGGUAUGAGGUUGAUCAUGAGGUUGAGCGCAACCAUCCUGAACUUGAGGAGUUCAUGACCCGUUACCAGGGGGUUAGAUGCCCAAUUGUGGAUAGAGUCCUUCAAGGAGAUUUGGUUAAUCACCUCUGGAACAUGAAGCUGCAAGCAGAGCGGAACCGCAGAUGA